UCUAUGUGAGUGUAACCCAAGAGCAUUCAUUCGACAAAGGUUGCUACUUUCUGGGGACGCAUAUAGAAAAAUAAAUCAAGUUUUUAUGUGUUUUUCUUGUCAAAGAAUGUGGUAAAGAACAUACUGCAGAUUAAUUUUGAGGUGGAUCCAAAAGAGAUAACAGGAUAUGAUUGCCGGUAUUAUGAAGUAAGUAAUAAGCUAUAAUUCUAUAUAUUUGUACAAUUAAUUGAUUAAAAAUAAAUCUCUCAUCACUGAACCAACAUCCACAGUAGUACUGGUAAUGUCAAAUAGAUGAUCUCUAUAUGCAAUUCCUGCCCAAAUCUUUAUGCCAGCCGCUGCACAAAGUUAUGCAACUUGACAUGCACGUUUGAAAACCAGGCAGGCAGGCAGGCAUGCAUCGUCUGAAUCGAGAACAAUCUUUUCAUGUAUUUUAAUUAGUGAAUAUUUUCUGGCUUAAUUUUUUUUUUUUUUUUUUUUUUUUAUCGCUGUCUUCAAACAAAUACAGCUUAUACAAGCGUUUUGAAUUUUGAGCCAAAAAUAUAGGAAAGUUGACGUUUCAAGUUCUUUAGAUUAGUUUGACUUACCGUCCAACUUUUUACAGAGAUGCACCUUUUUUUAGUUUUCAUCUUGAAUAUCCAAGCAUGCAUCAUGCCAAAUUUCGAAUCACUCCCGAGUACUGUUCCAAACUUUGCACUGCACUCAAAAGCAUAUGCAAUCAAAGGGUUGGUCAUAUAUUACAGACAUUCUGGGAUGAAUGGAACUCGUGUGGAAAGGAUGUCAGCCAUGGCAAGGCCAAGCUCUGUCUUUCUCAUUAUGGCUGUUCAUGUAGCGAUCCUCAUCUCAACGAGUUGCGGGAGUAUAUCAUCCGAGCAUUCAAGAAAACACGUUGCUUUCUUCAUAUUCGGCGACUCCUUCUUAGAUGCCGGCAACAACAAUUACAUCAACACCACAACCCUCGACCAAGCAAAUUUCUGGCCUUAUGGAGAAACUUAUUUCAGGUUCCCAACCGGGAGGUUUUCCGAUGGCCGUUUGAUAUCAGAUUUCAUUGCUGAACAUGCGAAGUUACCCUUGAUUCCACCCUUUCUACAACCUGCUGGGAAUCCUCAUUAUUUCAACGGGGUGAAUUUUGCAUCCGCUGGGGCGGGAGCUCUAGCAGAAACCUUUCAAGGUGCGGUUAUUGAUCUUAAAACGCAGCUAAGUUACUAUAAGCAGGUAAUGACUUGGUUGAGAAGCAAGUUAGGCAAUGUUGGAGCCAAAAUGAUGUUAUCAAGAGCUGUCUACUUGUUUAGCAUUGGAACCAACGAUUAUAUGAGUCUUUUCUUAACCAAUUCCACGGUGCUCGACACCUUUUCCAAAUCAGAAUAUGUUGGAAUUGUGAUUGGCAACUUGACAACCAUCAUCAAAGAUAUAUAUAGCAGAGGCGGUAGAAAAUUUGGGUUCAUCAAUUUGCCACCCGUGGGCUGUCUUCCAGGUAUCAGAACCAUCAAUCCAGAUAACAAUGGUAACUGCUUGGAAGAAGCUUCAUCACUGGCAAAAUUACACAAUCAAGCUCUGUCUAAGCUCCUCCAAAAACUAGAGAAACACUUGAAGGGGUUUAAAUAUUCAAUUUUCAACCUCAACAUCAGUCUCAGACAGAGAAUGAAUCAUCCCUCAAAAUAUGGUUUCAAGGAAGGAAAAGGAGCAUGCUGUGGGACAGGGAAGUUCAGAGGAGUGUUCAGUUGUGGAGGAAAAAGACUAGGGAAAGAGUUCCAACUCUGUGAGAAUCCCAAAGAGUAUGUUUUUUGGGACUCUUACCAUCUCACAGAAAGGGUCCACAAACAAUUUGCAGAUGAAAUGUGGGGUAGGGCAAACAACACCAACAGUGUUGUUGGGCCUUACAAUCUGAGGGAUCUAUUCCAAACUCUCUAAAAGUCCUUUUACUUUCGAAUUAAUGUCUCUUUGCUGCGUGUAAUCUUACUGAAACCAGAGUAAAUGAAAAAGAAGCUGCUCCUUCUAUUCUUUUAUCCUAGUAAUAUAACAAGGUUGUCAAGUUUGUCAGGACUUCCUUCCCUUCUGAAACGUAUUUCACAGUUGAAAUAUCUAGGUGACCUUGAUUGCAAUUUCAAUAUCCCUCAGCACCUUAGGCAACCUUUAAAAUUGCAUGUGAUUGUACCUAGAAUUCGUUCUUUUACCUUAAACAGGACAAUCAUGUGGUUGAUUUGGUCUUUCUCCCCAUUUGACCAACUUUGUAAUGAAAGCUUAGUUUUAUCAGAGAUUUAUUAAAUAUGCAUGUAGCCACGAAUUUACAAAUCAAUGGCAUGAUUUGGUCUUUAUCCUCCAUUUGACCAACCCUUAAUUUAAUGAAAGCUAACUUUGUUUAAUCAGAGGAUCAUUCAUUACGUAGCCGCGAGCGAAUAUACCAAAUGUAAAGAAAUCAAUCGUUGAAUUGGACUGUCAACUCUUCAUGCAACACGUAAUUGGUAGGUAAAAAUGUUUCCAUUAUUAACUUUUCAAAGGGUUGUUCAUCCUAAUUCUUGGACCGAUCGAGUUCAGUAUCCUCAUCCUAUAGUUCAGAAAAUCUUGAUAUAAUUUUCGCUGAGUUGCCUGUGAUCGAUGCAGCAGUAGGUCUUAACCGAGAAUGCGCCGAUUCUGAUGAUGUAUGUAAUAGAAUUUCCCAUUCUUUUAUCGUCUUUCUCAUCAUCAUCACCCGAAAUCUGGGAUCAUAUGAAAUUAAUCAAUUAUGAUCUCUUUUAUUCAUUAAUUCUUGUUUUCUAGAAUGGCCGGCAUAGUUUAUAUGUAACAAAAGCGCAGACACGAAUAUACUAAUGUGGUGAAAUCGAGCGUUGACUUUGAUCUUAGUACUGUUCUACUUGUUCAAUGAUGUCUGUUCAUUCUUGGACGGAUACAAUGUAAAAUAAUCAACUUAUUUCCCC